AUGUGUGACCAGACUAGGAUUCGAACCCAGGAUCUUGACAUUCCCGCAACAUUUAUCCCACAAAUAGCAAAACUCCAAGAUAUGGAACAUAAUAAUUGGGAUGAGUGCCUAGAUGCCGUUGUAUUUGCUUACAAUACCGGCACUCACUCAACCACAAAAUUUUCUCCAUUUGAGCUUCAGUUCGGACGAAAGCCUCGAUUUCCGACAGAUUUCCCUCGACCGGAAUUGACUUUCUCCAAACCCAACGAUUAUUUUGCUCAAUUAAAUAAAUCUCUCAAAAUCUAUCAUAAAAAUGUAACUGAAAAUAUUUUCAAACAGCAACGUCUAUCAAAAGUAAAAUAUGAUCAAAAUCGUCAAGAUCCUCAUUAUGACAUCGGCGAUCCAGUUCUCCUUAGAAUUCAAGGAUCUCGUUCAAAACUCGACCCUCGCUUUCAUCCAACUCCAAAAAUUAUUGUAAAAACUCAACAUCCUACAUAUUUUGUUAAAGAUGAAGAUACACAAGAAGAAUUAAAAGUCCAUGUUAAUGACCUCCGUGCCAUCUUGGACGCCAAACUUCACUAA